AAAAAAAUAGGCAAUUAUAACGUCUCAGUUUCAUUCCUGCAUUGUAAAAGUAAAGAGCGUCGUCAUGAAGCAUCACAUGAGUCGUAAAACGAAAAUUGCCACAACAGUCUUUGUAAUUUUUGUUAUUGGUUUAGGCGUGCUGCUCUGGUAUACAUAUCGUCUAGGGGAUACAUUUAGCGGCGAGGAAGAAGAAGAGGAGUACUUAGCAACUGGUGCAAUUGUAACAAAUGUCGAAGAAUGUACGUAUAUAGCUAGGUCAAUAUUAAAAUUGGAUGGAUCCGCUGUCGAUGCUGCUAUUGCUGUGACAUUUUGCUAUGGAGUUGCACAGCCGCAAGCUAGUGGAAUUGGUGGGGGAUUUUUAGCAACAAUUUUUAUUAAAGGUCGUAAGAAAAUUGAGACAUUAAAUGCACGAGAAGUCGCACCAUUAAAAAUAUCAGAAGACAUGUACAAAGAGAACCUAAAUUCAAGUUUUGAAGGUGGAUUGAGUAUUGCCGUACCGACGGAAGUAAAAGGAUUAUGGGAACUUCAUCAAAAGUAUGGAAAAUUGUCAUGGAAGACGCUUAUCAAGCCGUCAAUCGACCUUGCAGAGAAAGGUUUUACAGUGCCUUCUUAUCUAGCGAAAGUAUUAAUAGCACGUGAAGAGAAGAUAAGAAGCAUUAAAUUAUUCAGAGAUUUGUACAUAAACCCGGCGACAAAUACAAUUUAUCAUGAAGGUGAAAAGAUGACGAACCCAAAAUUAGCAGAGACAUUAAAAAUAAUUGCCGAAGAAGGUGUCGAUGCUAUAUAUAGUGAAAAAGGAUCAUUAGGUCAUAAAUUAGUUGAAGAAAUUCAGGCAAACGGUGGAGUUGUGUCAAUGGAUGAUUUCACAAGUUACAAUCCAAAAUGGGGCAGUUCCGUUUCAACAAAAUUAUUUAAUGGCGAUACAUUGCACACGACUCCAAUUCCAUCAUCCGGAUGCUUAAUACCAUUCAUCCUAAAUAUCCUCGAAGGAUAUAAAUUGUAUGAAAAUUCUUUAAAAUAUCACGAUGAGAAUAAAUUAAUUUACCAUCGGAUUGUGGAAGCUUUCAAAUUUGCCUUUGGCGAGAGGACUAAAUUGGGUGAUGUUUUAAAUGCUGACGUUGUUGAAGCGGUCCGUGAGCUUCAAAAUGUUGAUUAUGCAAACCGCAUUAUUACAUUUAUUAAUGAUGAGCACACAUUUAAUGACACAUCGUACUAUGGCGUAAAGGGUCCAGUUACUGCUGAUUAUGGCACGGCUCAUGUGUCCAUUUUAGCGACAAACGGUGAUGCUAUAUCUUUGACUACUACAAUUAAUGUUAUCUUUGGGUCAUGGAUUAUAUCAGAAAGUACAGGCAUUGUCUACAACAACGAAAUCGAUGAUUUUUCAAUUCCUUCAGCAUCAGAUGGCUUAUUAGAGUCUAUAGCAAACUCAAUUCAACCUGCAAAGAGCCCAAUGUCAUCUAUGGCACCAAUUAUUGUACUUAAUGAAAAUCAUGAAGUAACGUUAGCUGUUGGUGGAUCGGGUGGCAUUCUCAUUAUAACAUCAUUGGUGCUUUUUUUGGUCAAUUUCCUUCAGCUCAAUCAAACGAUGGAAUCUGCUCUUGCCUUUAAACGAUUCCAUCAUCAACUUGAACCGAUGUAUGUGCGUUUAGAGGACGGAUAUGAUCGACCGGAUAUAGUUUCAUACCUGCAUGAAAAAGGUCAUGAAACCAAAACAUCCUCCCCCAUAGUAUCUGCAUUCGCAUCAGUUAUUGCGAUAUCAAAUCAAAAUGGAAAGGUUGAGACAGCUGUUGACCCAAGGAGAGGAGGAGGAAAAGGCGUGUUAAUUGAGCCGUAAUUUAAGUUAAUUUUGUUGUAUUUUUAAGGAAAUAAAUUUAGAAUACCUUGAUAAGUGCUAAUUUACUGUUUUUGAGAUAUUUUUGGGCAUGAUUACAAUAACAACGAGCUGGAGUUGAUGAAAAUGAAUCUUGAAGGUAUUUGGAUGUUUAAAAAUAAAUUUUGGCGUCAAAUUUCAACAAUAGAUGAAGUCUGACGCAUUCUGAAACUCUAUAAGAUUCCUACAACAUCAUCCAUAUUUUGAUAAUCUUCGUGAUAUCUACAAAGUGUAGUAAUUGCACAGCGAUGUUCUGCAAGUGACCCAACAACAUAGAUAGUUGAAUAUCAUACCUCAACCUUAAACUUAAUAUUCAUUUUGAUAAUAAAUUAUUCAAUAGGAAAAUAUUUUCUCGAAUAAAUUAAAAUCGUUUUUUUCCAUCCAUUCUGAGACAAAGAAUAGAACAAG